CGAACCGUCCCUUAGGCAAAGAUCACCGACAAUCAGCCUCUAGCAGAAGGAGGGCCACUUGAAGUGGGAUUUUCCUGUCACAUGGCUGCUGAACACAAGGACAAGAUACGGCACGUAGUCUGGCCACGGCUGCGCGAAGUCGCCAUUCCGGAUUCACGGUUCCAUUACGAAUUUUCGAGCUUCAUCGCAGACUUUCAAGGCUCAGAUAGAGCGACCGAGCGACUGUGCUUGCUUCCCUGUUAUGUCAACGCCAAAGUUGUAUUUAUAACCCCCGAUAAUUGCCUGGAAAAGCUCAGAUACCAAGCUCUUUGUGAUGGCAAGAAGGUUCUGGUAACCACUUACGCCAUCCGUCGAGGAUUCUGGCUUUUGGAUCCGGCCGUCGUCAAAACCCCUGAGCAACGACAAAUGGCAAGCUUGCUUGAUGCCAUGGAACGACCGGGCCUGGGAAAGCAUGUCACUUUGGCAGACAUGCAAGAUAUGGGCCUCAAGGUCGAUCUGAUGGUGACUGGAACUGGUGCCAUUAAUCAUGCUGGAAUCCGUUUCGGUAAGGGACACGGUUUCUUUGAUCUCGAGUGGUCAAUGUUGACGAGUAUCAAUGUGGUUGAACUUGCUGUGCCCUGCAUCGCUGUUGUUCACGAUUGUCAAGUUCUGGACGAGCAAUUGCAUCCAGAGGUAUUUGACACCGUUUGUGAUUUCAUUGUUACACCCUCGACGAUCAAGGAGGCUGCAGAACAAGGUGCCGUCCAAAAACCUUCUUGCGGCAUCUUAUGGGACAAGUUGCAACCUGGAAUGCUGGAAGAUAUACCUCCGUUGCAAGAAUUGCGCCGUCUCACAACAACAAAAGCCACACAGGGGCCCUGAUCGUUGUCCACGAGUUGCCAUUGCUACGAGUGCCAGUUUAUAUAUUCUGCCGCCACUCUACCAAACAAAAAUUACUGCCGCCAUAUUACCCUUCACGGCAAUUUACCUACCCAAUCGACUGACCGCUUUUCUUUUGAUCAUCCAGCAACGAUGGAUAUUCAGGUAUAUAAUUUCUUUUCCGAGUCACAUGGCAGAUUAAUUUCUCCUUUGUAUUGUAUACUCACCUCACCCAGUCAUGGGGAUCAAG